AUGAAAAAUAUGGACUGCCUUUACCUUGAAAUUUACUCGGAUCCGAUUCUCGGUGGCAAAGUCACAGUCCCUUUGCAAACCCUGAUAAGCCUCUUCAUCCUCGACUUUGUCAAAUCGCCUGCGGUCGAGCUGCGCCUGAUUCCGAGCGCCGCCUCCGAAAAGCAGGGCUUCCAAGCCAGGCUGAGACACCCUUUCAAGGUCACCAAACUAGAGGACGCGCCGACCUGUGCGAAAAACUGCAUCCUGCCUGUUGUGGAGGUUGGCGCUGACAAGACCUGCGUGGCCGGUCUGUGCGCUGUCCUGCGCCAAGUGGUCAAGAGCACCCUGAAGGAGCACCCUGGGCAUUUUUCCAGGGCGCUUCUCGGAUUCAGGGAGGGCUGUUUGAUGGCGUGCGCGGAGGCCAGUACAUGGACCAGGUUUUGCGAGGUGGACAUCAUUGCAGCUACUCAGCAGACGCUCAAGGUUCCUUGUUUCCAUUCUCCAGUGACUUUUCCCCGAGACCUUGUCAGAUUCGAACACCACAUGUCGCAGCCCCUUCGAAUCCACAACGUCCGCAAAGUGCGGCAGGACCAUGCAAAGGUGGCAGACUCGGAACUGGACCACUGCUUUGCCGAAGGCCCUUCCUUGACCUUGGCCGAUAUGAUCAUCCUUCCCUGCGUCCAUAUGUUGCUGUCUUUUGUGGACAGCGUUUAUCUGAAGGAACAUCUGCCCCUGGUGCGCAAAUGGCUUGGCCUGAUGAGGCAGCAGCCGGGUGUGGAGGACGCUUUGGAGCAAGUGGUCGUCCGGCCUCAGAGCAAAGUGUUGGAUUCCAUGUUUGUCCAGUAUAUUGUUCCAGAAGUGCCCAACCAGAGUCUGUACAAAUCUGAUCCCAGAAGGUACAAGUCCAAGGCGAGGACGUUCACCAGACAGGACGAACUUGAUGAGUCGCUCCUCAAGGUCCCUGUUGCGCCUGAGUAUGAAUCAAAUCCGUUUGGAUUUGACGUCUCCUUUGACUGGGAAGCUGUUCCCCAGGAGGCCAACCCUCAGGGGGGCCAGCUGCUGGAAUCCCGUCUUGAGCGGAAGGGGCAGCAGCUGGAGAACCUGGCCAAGGCGGCCCUGAAACUCGCUCAGAACGGAGACGUGAUUGUGGACUUUUGUUCCGGAGCCGGCCACUUAGGCAUCAUCCUAGCCCAUUUCCUGCCCAGGUGCACUGUCAUUCUGCUCGAAAACAAGGAGGAGUCUCUGAAGAGAGCCAGGCUGCGUGUCAACAAACUUAACUUGUCCAACGUCACCUUCUACCAGUGCAACCUGGACUACUUUAAAGGCCCUUUCGAUAUUGGCGUUUCUCUGCACGCAUGUGGCGUUGCAACCGACCUUGUGAUCCAGCGGUGCAUCCACCAGGGCGCCUGUUUUGUCAGUUGCCCUUGCUGUUAUGGCUCGGUGCAGGACAACCACCAGCUCAGCUACCCCCGCAGUUCUCUCUUCCAAAACACGACUCUCACUCUCCGUGAUUACCUUGUGAUCGGACACUCGGCCGACCAGACGCACGACGAACACAACCACAAAACCAACCAAGGAAAGAAGUGCAUGGCUAUCAUCGACACGGAUCGGUGCACUCAGGCCAAGGAGGCCGGCUAUCGGGUGCACAUGUCCCGACUGGUGCCGGAAACUUGCACUCCGAAGAACAACUUACUCGUAGGAGUGCCCAAAGAGAGACAUUUUCUCAUGUAAAAAUUGCACUUCUGUAUUAAUUUGAUUUUGUGAUUUUAAAUAAAGCACUAUAGAUUUAAC